AUGGAGAAUCAGACAAAUGUGGCUGAGUUUCUUCUGUUGGGACUUUCAGAUGAUGGAACACUCCAGGUUUUCCUAUUCCUAGUUUUUUUGUCUAUCUACCUAAUAACCCUGGUAGGGAAUGUGUUGAUCAUGUUAGUGAUAAGGGCUGAUGCUCAGCUACACACCCCAAUGUAUUUUUUCCUUACUAAUUUGUCCUUCCUUGACAUCUGCUACUCAUCUGUUACUGUACCCAAGUUGCUUGAAAACCUUCUAGCUACGAAAAAGACCAUUUCUCUCAAUGGCUGCAUUGCACAGAUCUUUUUCUUUAUUUUCAUGGUUGGAACUGAGAUCUUCCUACUCUCAGCAAUGGCUUACGACCGCUAUGCUGCCAUUUGCAACCCACUGAGAUACAGCACCAUUAUCAACCAGCGACUGUGCAUCCAAAUGGUGCUGGGUGCAUGGAUCACUGUGGUCCUCUUGUUUUGUGGGACUGCAUUCAUUAGGUACAUGCGCCCUGCAUCUGGGUAUUCAGACAUAUUGGACAAGCUGGUGUCGAUUCAGUAUAGCAUCCUGACCCCCAUGUUAAACCCCAUUAUAUACACCCUCAAGAACAAAGAAGUGAAGAAAGCUCUAAAGAAGCUAUUUAAAAAUGACUUCCACCAUGUCGCCUGA